AUGAACAUCCUCCCGCCGCUUCUCCUGGCGUACUACCUCGCCUUGGUCGUGCUCACGAUCCCGCUCGCCUUCGACGUGGGCGGCAUCGAAUGUGGCCUCGCCUAUUCUCUUGCCAUGCUGGCGCUCUACUUUGUUCUCACCACGCUCCGCCUCGCCUCGCGCCGCCUGCCCUUGGCCCGCGUGGCCACCGUCUUCUACUACAGCCAGCACGUCCUCAUGCCCAGUCUCCUCAUGCAUUUCUUGCAGAGAUACCCACGCAGCGGCGCUCUUCCGCCCGCCCUAGCCGUGUGGCGAUAUUUGCUCGUGCACCUGACGCUGGUGUUCACGGUGGCCGAAGGGUUCUGCCUGCUCUUGCUCAUCCAGGCGGCCAGCCAGACGUUGGGGUGGCUCACGGCGCACCGGUCGGACUCGUGGCUCUUUGUGUCGCUCAUUGGCUCCGGCUGCACCAUCACGGGCGCCCUCUACUUCUUGUACCGCAUCUACAUCUUCCCGCUCGCGCUCGACUUGGGCAACGCGUCGCUCCUCGGCCUGUUUCUCACCGUCACCGCGGGGCUCGGCUUGUAUGGCAUUGUGUCGGGCAAAGGCUCGAUGAUCGAGUCGUCGCUUCUCUUUGCCUACAUUGUGCGCUGCAUCUACGAAACGUUCCCGCUGCUCUCGGAGGACGCCACCCAGGCCGUGGCCCAUGUGUUUGCCCAGACGACGGCAAACUUGCGCCUCGAGCUUGCGCACCUUCCGCGGCCCGUGGCCGAUACGCUUCUGGCGUUUUUGCCGUCGCUUGCGGCCAACUUGCCCCACUCGUUCAAAGCCGUGUGGGACGUGUUCUUUUCCGCCGUGCACAAGUUGACCUUGCCGCUUUUGGUCAACCUAGCCUACCGCAUCGGCGUGUUCUACGCGGCCACCAAAAUCAUCCCGUCCUUGUACCACACGCUCCCCCACUCGCCGGCACGCACGCCGCAAACGUCGUCGUCCUCGCUUGCCUCUCUUGGCCGAGACGACAAACAGAGCGAAAAUGACAAGCAGAAUGACAGCGAAAAUGACAACCAGAAUGACAAGCAAAACGAGCAGAACGAGCAGAACGAGCAGAACGAGCAGAACGAGCAGAACGAGAAUGGUAGCCGCCGCACGAGAGGCCACCGGCCCGACAGGCAAAUGGUGCGCCGCCCUGCCGUCAUCCGCUUGCUCUACGCCUACUCGCCGUGCAUUGUCAUUGCUGUCUACACGCACUUGAUGCUUCUGUACCGCGGCGAGCUCGGGUCCGAAUUGAUGCUCUGGGGCUGGUGGGCCGACGCCGACGACAUGGUGAUAGUCGUGCACCCGUGGCAAUUCUGGAAUUGGAUCAACAUGGGCACCACGCUUCUUCUCUACAUGGCCGAGUUAUCUGGGUCUAACGACGGCGCCAUCACCAACCACUGGGACGUGGACUAG